CGCACUCUCACUUCCUUAUACUUAACAACAAUCAGCUGAUCACAUCUUGACACUUCGUAUUUCCUCCUACUUUCAGUCCCCGUAAUGGGCUCGACUGAGGAGUCUGGCGGGACUGGUGAGCGAUGGUGGGAAAGUACCAAGCUUUCUCCAGCUGACCUCCGUCCACAUGCGGAGUCAUGGAAUUUAGCUGCUGAUGCUGCCACUGCUACACUUCUCCAGAGUAUUUCACAAAGAUUAGUGUUACGCACACAUGAGGUGGAGGGGACCCUGAAGAAGGUGUUAGAGGAGACAGAUCGGGUGAUGACGACAAUCUCCAAUACCAACAAUGCCUUCCACAUGUUGGCUAACACACAAUUUAUUGAGAACAGAACCUAUCAAGAUGAUGCUGAUUUAGUGAAAGAAAAGUCAAACAUGGUGGAAAAGACAGCAAUAGGUGAGGAGGAUGUGAUAACAAGAUGCAAGCAAGCAAUUGCUGAUGGGCUUCACCUUGUCGACAGGAGCUACGAGCGUCACGAAAUACAAGAUUCUGAUUCUGAUGAUGAAGACAGUCCUGGCAGUCCUGUUCCUGUAUAUGCUCUUAUUGACCCCUAUGAAAGCAAACCCCUACCCCUUAUCAUUGGCUCUGAGGGAUUCAUGGCAGAUGAUAAAGUUGGUUUACAAGAGAUUUCAUCAAGUGAAGAAAAUUCCAAGUUGACAUUCAGCCCAGAUGAGACAGAGAGUGAAGAUGACCUUGACAUGGAAGAUGAAACAAGCAAUGGUCCAACAAAAUAUAAACCGAUUCUUGCCAGCAGUUCAAAAGUAAUAGAUGAUGAAAGUGAUUCUGAUUGGUCAGAUGAUGAUACUUCUCAUCCUGUUAACUCCCUUCCAACGACAGACAAGAGAAAGCCUCAAGCAGUAACUAGUGAAGAAGAAAAUGAUGAAGAUUUGUUUAGCCCUCCCUCAAAGGCAUCACAGAGACUCGUCAACAAUGGCACCGUUAUUUCAUCUCAAAUUGGCAAGAAGCUCAGUAAUUCAGCAGCCACUGCAAAUGCCAGCAGAGGAGGUUUGUAUUCAGAUAGUGAUGAAGAUGGAGACUUAUUUGGUCAGCAGCAGGACCCUUCCAAUUCAUCAGGUGGACUGUUUGGCAACACCCAGCUGCCCCCUGCUACUAGGCCGGGCAACACCAAUUAUCUCUUCGGGGAGUCAAACACUCAUUCUCCGUCAGAUUCAGUAAAGUCAUCAGUUGGAGUAGAAAAUGUGAGAGCGAUGCCUGACCCUAUCAGACCUGGACCCCCUGCUGUCAGUCGACCUCGGAAGAAUGGUGGUAACCUCUUUGCCAGUGAUUCUGAUGACGAAGAGGAAAAUCUGUUCUCUAGCAAGCCACAGUCAACAGCUAAAUCUAGAACCUCUGGAGGUAAAGUAAAGAGCCAGGCUGACCAGUCCAGCACAACCGCAGGCAGUCUCUUCUCCAGUGAUGAGGACGGCGGCCUCUUUUCAACCAGUCAACAAACUCAAGGUGCAGUUUACAGCAAGGAGGACCAUGAGGAGGAGGAGGAGGAGGAGGAGCCACCCCCUCUUCCCAAGCAAGGAAGGACAAAAGUUCCAGUUGGUGGCAUUAAUAUCUUUGGUUCUGCUAUCACAUCUGCGAUCCGUCGACAACAGUCUUCUGAAUCAGAUCCAUCAGAUGAAGAGUGGUCUAAUAAAGGCAGUAGCAGAGGCUCUUUAGCAUCUGCCACCAAGCCAGAAACUACAUCUUCUCAAGGAUCAGUCCCAAAACCAGUCAAUGUUGGAAAGUACUCAGGUGGUGGUGGUUUGUUUGAUGAUGAUGACGAUGAUGAUUUGUUUGGAAGCACAAGUAAAAAAACUAACACUUCAACUCAUGAUGCAAUCAAUAGCCAGAAAAGGCUAAUUUCUGAUAGCCCCAAAAACCCAAAAGAUGGAAAUAACUUAUUUGGUAAGGAACCAGCUGAUAAGUGUGAAGGGAAGAAUAAUACAAUAAAAUCUAGUGGAGGACUGUUUUCAGAUGAUGAUGAUGACUUAUUUGGUGGUCCUGUUUAUGUAGAAAAGAAACAGAGCACCAUAGCACCUGCAGCUGAGGAGUCAACUUCAAGCAAUGUACUAAAGAAGAAUUCAGUCAUUAGUCCUCUUGAAGAUGUUGAACAGUUUAGCUCUGUAAAACCCACUGCAUCCCAAAAUAAUCAGAAAACAUCUCCAGUGAAAGUGCCUGAGACUUCCAAAGCCCUGAGCAGUUCUCUGUUUAGUUCUCUCAGUGAUGAAGAUGACUUGUUUUCUCCAUCCAGCACAUCUGUAACCGCCAAAGCCUCAUCAUUUGUAACAGAGCCUCCACCUCUUCCAUCGGCUGAUGCCAAUAAGUCCACUAAUAGAAUUUCUGGGUCACCAAUAAUUCAAGAUGAUCCAUUUUCGUGUGCCCCUCCAGUGUCUCCAGCGAGUAAGACUCGUGAGUCACCUGCGAGGGAUUCAGCCUCAAGUCAUGACAAACCUGCUAUAUUGAAUGCAGACCAGAAGACUCAAUUACCACUUUCUAAUAGCUUAUUCAGUUCAUCAGAGGAUGAUCUAUUUUCAUCCUCAUCAAACACUACACAUGAAGUUGCCACUGUAAUUCCAGAGAACAAAUCUCAGGAAGAUUCUUUAGAAAGCAAAGAGGACCAAACAAAAUCGGGGAGUAUAAUACCAGACGUCACUACAGCUACAAAGACUAAAAAAUCAGAGGCAAAUUUAGGAAUAUUUGGCUCUCCAGAAGAUGAUCUGUUUAUUCCUAAGUCAAAAGUUAGUGAUAACCUAAUCAAAGAAGGUAUGAAAUACUCCAUAUCCCCAGAUUCUCACAUACCAACUGACAAGUCAGAUUUCCUUGCCUCUUUAGACAAUGAUGAUGAUGAAGAUAUAUUUUCAGACGUUCCAAAGCCACUAUUAAACAAUAAAAUAAUUCCCGAGAGCGAUAGAAAGAUAACAAGUUUUCUUGGAUCAGACGAUGAGGAGGACAUAUUUUCAGUCACUCCGAAAGGGACAAGGUCAAAUGAUUCUCCAAAACUAAAGAUAUAUGAAGAUGUGGUGGAUGAGAAAGAUAUAUUUAAUACUUUAUCACAGUCACAACACCAGACAGAUUUACACACUACAAUAACCAAAAUAGUAAAUACUGCAGAGGAGAGUACUAAAACCACUGCCUCAGUAGUUGAGAGAGAGAGCCCUCCAUCAGUAUCUACAGGUACUGAAGAUUCUCUUUCUCCACGAGCCUCUGAAAGUAAACAAUCUCCUGACACAGCAAAACCUGUAAGUGCAGCCCCAAAACGACCAGUGGGAGGCAUAGCUCUCUUUGGAGGGGCCGAAUUAUUUGCUAAAAUUAAUAAGCGCAAGUCUUUGUUAAGUACUGGGGUAGAAAAUGGUGAAGAUGUGCAAGUUGAGAGCAAUAAAAUAGAACAUAAAAUCGAAAGAACGAAUGAGGAUCAAAAAGAUAAUUUGAAUAAAAAUAGCAUAUUUGCUGGUGAAAGUGAUGAUGAUCUUUUUGGCACAAGUCAAGAUAAAUCUGAACUAAGCUCAUCCACUCUUUUGAAUGAGGAAAGUGCACCUACACUUCUAGCAGAGUCUGAAGGAUCUUCAUAUGUACCUUCUGAAAACCCUGAAAUGUUAUCACCCUCUCAAGACAUUUUUCAGUCUGCAAACGUAACAUUGUCAGGCGAGAACAAGAAUAUGCCUGGUAAAUCUGAAUUAAACUUAAAUGAAAGUGGCCAGGCUGAAGAUGCUGGUAAACGAACUCACAAAAAAAUUGAAAUUAGAUCCGAGAAGAUUGAGCAGUGUCUCUCCGAAGAACAAGGAAAUCAAGAAAUAAAGCCAAAGAAGAAACCGCCCAUUGGAGGAGUGUCAAUGUUUGGUGGUGGUGGCUUUGGGGGCAAGGAAUUGUUUGCCAAGGUACAGCAAAGAAAGAGCAUGUUGGCGCCUGAGAGUGAGAGUAGUGACGAUGAACCUUUGACCUCCCCUCCACAAAUGUCACUACACACAAAAAGAAUCAGUAUUGGAUCCCGCAAAACUGUUUCUCCAACAAGUUCAGUCUCGCCAAUUUCACCGAUGUCGCCCCUGUCACCACUGUCUCCAAUGUCACCAAUGUCUCCAGUCUUUUCUUCUGGACAAAAGUUGCCUAAGACUGGAGGAGAAGAGAGCAGUGUGAGUUUUGAUGAACCAGCCACAUCUACCACAACGCUGCAGAGUAUAAAUAAGAGUCGAGCCAGAGGAAGCCAGAAGCGACGCCCUCCAAGCAGAGCUCACCGAAGAACAGGUUUAGAAGAAAAUAAUUCUUCAGAUACAUCAACAAAUCUUCAAAUUAGAGAUUCUUCAGAACCAAGCGAGACAUUUGCAUCUCAUGCACAAGAACAUCUUCCAGAACCGAUAGUUGUGUCUCAGGUGCAGCAAACCAACUACUCGCCUGUAAUACAAGGACCUCUGGAAAUAAGUAAGAAUGAAAGAUUGGGGGUUGAAGCUUCAGCUUCCUUAACUGAUAACAUAAAUGGAGUCGAUUCUAUUUUUAGUGACAGUUCUCAAGAUGACAUUUUUGGCAACAGUGGAGUUAUUGAAGCUAAAAAUCAUUCUGUAAGUUCAGAAAAAGCACCUAUUAUCACAACUAGAGAAGCUGAAUUGAAUAUUGCCCCAAAAAAGACUGAAGAUGAGAAGGAUGAUGAUGAUGAUGAUGAUGAUGAUGAUCUUUUUGGAAAAUCCAGAAGUGCCUUAAAUGUGUCCAAAAUAAAAAGUACAAAGAAAGAAGCAAGAAAUUCUCUGUUUGGAGGAAGUGACAGUGAUGACGAGGAUCUGUUUGGGGAAGCAAAAGUCAAAACAAGCUUAUCUAAGACGUCAAGAAGUGCUGCUGUACAUACCAGUGUUAUUAAAUCAAUGACCAAGCCACUUCCUACUCAGUCCCUCUUUAGAGAUGAUUACGGUGACAAGUUGAGUGUAACAAGCAGAGCAGAUAAAGCUUCCAUUGUUGCAUCGAGAAAAGUGUCCAAAUCCAUAUCAAAGAGUAACUUACAACCUUCAGAUGAGCCUUUUGAUGACCCUCUCCUUAGUAACUUUAAAGGCUGAUUGCAAAUCCUGUUAUGUGGAGAAAAAUACAAUUCAAGAACAUAACUUUCUUUUCAGACAUUGUGUGUGGGUCAGGGGAUUAUAAAAUCCACUGGGAACGAGUGCUGUCUGAUUAAUAAAUGCUUGUCCUUGAAUGGUGUUUUUUGGCUCCAUGUACGUGUCAGCAGUUCCUGUUUCUCAACCAAAUCCUGUUAUUUACAAUGUUGUAAUUAUUAAACUAUUGUUGACAAAGUUAUUAGAGAAAAAAAUAUAUCUAUCAUUGGCUUGUACUAAAUGCAAUUAAAAACUACGUUUCAGGGUAAUUUUUGGCAGUACACUAUAACAGAAAACAGUAAAUUAAAUUUUAUGUCACCAAGAAGAUAAAAUUUAUCACAUUGGUAUAAAAAAUGUGAUUAAUAAGGACUGAACUAUGAUUGUUAUCCCAAGGUCAGUUAAUGGUAUUAUUUUGUUUAGAUCUUUUCUUCACUUAAAUUUUGUAGUACUGUACUGUACUUACUGAUUUGUGCAUUAUUUAUUAGUAGUAGUAAAUUUCUUGAGAUACUGUAUGAGCAUUUAUCAUGCAUUAUCAAGUUAACUGCUGGGUCUUAUUUUUAUAAGUAAAAGUCAAAUAAUUUUUGACACAGGUUGACCCAUAUAAUCAUUAAAUUUAUAUGGACAAAUUUGAGAACUUUCAAUUCGUCUUUUUUUUCUCUCUUCCGUAUCUCCCUUCUUUUCCCCUCCUACCCCCUUAUAUUUCUCCUCCAUCUUCUACCCCAUUUGUGUCCUCCUGAUUUACUUCACUGCACCAGAGACAGUCUUGACAAUAGAAUCUAUCUAUAGUUAACAUCAAGAACUAUUAAAAAAUAUUAAAGGUGAACAUUAGAAUACAUUAUUCUAAUUGCAAAUGGUAGAGGUGUAUUGAUGUGUCAGUGUUAUCUGCUGAUUUUCAGUACAGUGUCAAUCAAAUUUCAGUAACAGUAAAGUAUCGAUCAAAUUUACUCCAACAGUAAGUUGGGUGGUGGUACCAAAGAACCUAAGUUGAACCCCAACAAGUACAAUUAGGUGAGCACUCCUGCCCCAACUAGUCUAUCCUCCCGUUCACCCUCUGCUAGUUCAAGUACACUUAUUGAGACAAUAAGAUACAUCUCAAAAGGAUAGAGUAGCUUAGGUUAUUUCUGCCCUCUUUUCCCUCUGCCAUUCCUUCAACUAAACCCAAACCUGUCACCACCCAUUCCAACAUCACCCACCCCCCUGUCUCAUCCACCCCUUCCCCUACCCAUCAUGCACCCCCCUGUCUCAUCCACCCCUUCCCCUACCCAUCAUGCACCCCCCUGUCUCAUCCACCCCUUCCCCUACCCAUCAUGCACCCCCCCUGUCUCAUCCACCCCUUCCCCUACCCAUCAUGCACCCCCCUGUCUCAUCCACCCCUUCCCCUACCCAUCAUGCACCCCCCUGUCUCAUCCACCCCUUCCCCUACCCAUCAUGCACCCCCCCUGUCUCAUCCACCUCUUCCCCUACCCAUCAUGCACCCCCAUGUCUCAUCCACCCCUUCCCCUACCCAUCAUGCACCCUCCUGCUCAUCACACAUUUAAUUGUGCUUGUGGGUGUUGAGCUUCGGCUCUUUGGCCUUGCCUCUUAACCUAGGCUUUAAAUAGGAUACGUUAAAUGUGUUAUAACAUUUUUGUACUGUAUUCUGCAGAGCAGUAUCGAAUUUUUCCAAAUUACACUCAUAGUUCUAUUCAAAAUUUCAAACUCAAGAUUAUUGGAAUGUAAGGCAUCUUGCUCUGAGCAACUCCAAGAAUGAGUAACAAUGCAAUAUAGCAAAUUAAUGUUCAUAUUUGUCACUUAUCAGUAAUUACUGCUGCUGCAUUUAGUGGAUUGUCCAGGAACAGUUGUGCUAUGAUUAUUAUAAUCAUUGUCGCUAAUUUACAAUGAUUAUUAACAAAACCCUGAGCUCACAAGAAACAUUGAGAUGAGACUGUGUCUUAAGUUCUAACAUUUAAAAAAUAUUUAGUAUAGAUGUCAAUAUCGGCUGAUAAGGCAUUAUCAGUAUCCGUCAAAAUAUUGGUAUUGGUACACCUCUAACAAUUGGUAAACUGGCUCAAUUAAGACUAGUCUAUAUCAGGGAAUGAUACCAUCUGACAUGGUACUCGAACAAUUAUUACCCAUGAAUUCAGGGAGGUAUUUUGAGUUUUAUACACUUGAUUACCAAGGAGUUGACAUCAUCACACCAUCAUCACAUAACUAUGUUAGUUAUAUGUUCCUUAACUGUUUACAACUCUGGUUUUCAUCUGACCUGUGUCACUGCUGUUUAUUUUUAUGUUACAUGAUGUAAGCUUCAUAAUUUGCUGUUUUUUUGUUUACUAUGCUUACUGGUGAGCAGUGCAUGUGUACACUCUAUAUUUACUCUUACUGUUUGUCAUACCCAGUAACCACACAUGCCUAACAAACCAAAUUUCCUUAAAUAUAGAAUUUUUCAUAAUUGUCUUAUUUAUCGGUAGAUAUUUUAAUCAAUAAGAACAUUAAUUUGACAAAAUUCUAUAUGUAAAGAAAUUUGAUUUGUGAUAAACAACAUGUGCAAACAUUUCAAUUAUAGCCAAAAUAUACAUAUUAUUAAAAAAAAUUGCCGAGUGUUAAGAAAAACUAGGCCCAAAUAAAUUUGUACUGUAAUUAAUGUAGGUGAAUUGUAAUUACUAUUUGUAAUUAAUAGUAUCAAUAUAAUAUAAUAAUUUCAUUCAAAUCUUAACUAAUUUUGCCAAAGAUAUGAAAUAAACAAAAACACAUUGGCUGUUUAGCAAAAUGGUCCUUGCUAUUAGGUGAAGGAGAGUAGAACAUCUUUUGUUUUAUAAGAGAGGUGUUCAAGCAAAUACACUAAUGAACUUUACACAAGUGCCUUUGGAGAAUUUCAGAUCUGAUAAAUAUCGGAAACUAGUAAACAAAAAUCUUGUUUUCCUAUGUGAAGACUUUAACUAGCGAUUUGUCUGAGGAUUUAGUUAUGCUCCUUGUUACCAGUAAUAAACUGCUUGUAAUUUGCAUUAUGUAAUAGUGAUGUUAUGUUUCUUCAUGGUUUAACUCAAAUAAAUAAUCAAGUAGAUGUUAGAAGCCAUUGUGUUUUUGUUAUAUAUAUAAUAUUACCAAAACAGAUUUUUGAAAUAUCUGAAAAUGUGGUGAUGAUUAUACAAAUGAGAAUUAGUUUUAUUAAUGGUUUUCUCAUAAAAAAGGCGUCACAAAUUUGCUAAAUGAGGUGUAAUAUUACUGUUUAAACGAACAGCAUGAGGAGUUACAUUUAACCAAAUUAAAGCUGUGCUAGCAUGGAGUUUGAAUUUCAACUAUUUUGUUGUGCCAUAUCAAAUCCCAUGCUACUUUUGUCUUUUUCAGACUGUAGGGUAAUCAUACCGGUCGACGAACGAUACCAUAAGUUGUUAGAGGAAAAUAAUGUUUUCUUUAGCUAAUUGAACUUUAAUCGUUUCUUACAUUUUGUUUUAAAUGUUAAUCCAGCGCUUAAAUUUUGUUACUGUUACCUGACCAGGCUUUUAGAGCAGGAUACAAUGCUAUCUUUUAUGUCAACAUUUUAGAGUUUAUGGCAGGCGGAGGGGGUCAUUUAUGCAUUACGUGCCUAGUGUCAGUUAUCUGAAGACUGUUCCUCAAUUAUGAAGCCAGCCUACAGCUGCCUUUAUUUGAGAAUUUUUAUAUUUUUGUAAUUACUGCUAAAUAUAAAAUAAGAUGCAAAUAGUCUGAUUAAUAAUAAUAAUAAAUGUUAUGAUAGUAAAGAAAAGUCUGUUAAUUUUUAGUUGUAAAUGUAAGUUGCAUUGUAAGGUUGUGACACCUGGUAAUGUGAGUGUGUAUGAGAGUAUCAGACUUGCUUCAGUACAAAGGAUACCAGUAGUUGGAGUCCAUUAUUAAUAGGUGCUAUCCAAGUUCUGUGUAGUGUUGAACUGUGCUCAGUAAAAAGAAAAUGAUGUUUUAUAAUUGCAAGUAUUGAGAAUGUUUGAUUCUCAUAUGCUAUUGAAAAUUCAGCAAAAAAAAUUAAUAAUAAUAAUAAAGGCUCUCGGAGAAAAUGCAUUUACAGUAUAGAUGAUUAUUUUUAAAGUAUUUAUGUACUCUAUUGUAGAGCUCAGCAUUGACAUUUAUAAUGGAACACAUUUGUAUGUCCACCAGCUUCCCAACUUUAUUUUUGUUUAACUUGAGAGCUCUUUUUUUUUUUUUAAUUCUCUAGGUGCAUCAUAUUUUAGUGACAGUGGUUCUUAAAACUUGGAAGGAAUACCAUUUAUACACAAAACUAAAUUAUCUGAAGUUUAACUCUUGAACAUCAUCUGGUGCCAUAUGUUAAGUUCAACAGCAGUCACAGGCCACAUAGUAUGAUACAGUAAUUGUUGUUGUGCCAGUGCCAGUGUUUAUAUACCGAUUGAUGCCAGUUUGUUUUAAAAUAUUAUACACGUCACGGUGUCACCCCAGAUGCAGGCUCGACUUUUUUGUAUAUUGCCCAUUUUGUCUUGAUAGGAGACGAAAACACACUGGCAUGUCACAAGUGAUCGUACCUAGAAAUGACAAUGGACAAUGAGCCCACAAUUAAUUAAUCAGGCUUUGAUUUAAUAUGACAAUUUUUGGUAUUGAUAAUAGAAAUAUACUGUAUCAUAACAGAUGAGUGGAAGGAAAAAUUAACUACUUUAUAUGUAACUUAUAAAUUUGAGCUACGGUAAUAGUUAUCAAGAAGACAGUUGGCAGUCAUGGGCUGCUCUCAUACUCGGCCAGCUAUGCACUCUGCUUCUGUAUCCUGUUUCUGAUGAGAAUAAACAAAGAAAACAGA